CACGGUGAAACACGUGGUGCUGGUCUCUCUGCGCCCCUGGAUGUAAAUGGUUAACCCGGCUGUGGUGACGUCACGCUCUGGUUGCUGCAGGCUCGGGCCGCAGUUUGGUGAGAAGAGGUCUGAGCAACUAACCAACCAAACUAACUAGUCCUCCAGUCUCCACCGACCGAGCACCAGCUGCUGGAUCCACCCGAUCGACGACAUGGGAAACUGUCAGCCAACAAUCGUGCCUUACGAGGACUUUGAUGUCAUAGCGGACAUCAAGGCCAUCCGCAAAGCCUGCAAAGGGAUCGGAACUGAUGAACAGGCCAUUAUUGACAUCCUGGCAAACCGCUGCUGCUUUCAGCGGCAGGAAAUUAAACAGGCUUAUUUUGACAAGUAUGACGACGAGCUGGCGGACGUGUUGAAAAGCGAGUUGAGUGGAAACUUCGAGAAGGCCAUCCUCGCCAUGCUGGACCCGCCCGUCAUCUACGCCGUGAAGGAGCUGAGGAAGGCGAUGAAGGGGGCGGGAACCGACGAAGACGUCCUGGUGGAAAUCCUCUGCACCGCUACGAACGCUGACAUCGCCAUGUUCAAGGAAUGCUACUUUCAGGUGCAUGAACGGGAUCUAGAAGCAGAUAUCGAGGGCGACACGAGCGGAGACGUGAGAAACCUCCUCACUGCUCUGCUGCAGGGCAACAGAGACGAGAGCUACGAGGUGGACGAAGAGCUCGCCGAACAAGAUGCUACUUCCCUGAUCGAGGCUGGUGAGGAACGCUUCGGGACAGACGAGUCCACCUUCAGCUACAUUCUGGCCUCCAGAAACUACCUGCAGCUCCAGGCCACAUUCAAGAUAUAUGAGCAGCUCUCGGGGACUGAAAUCCUGGACGCCAUCGAGAACGAGACUUCUGGGACACUGAAGAAAUGCUACAUCGCUCUUGUGAGAGUCGCUAAGAAUCCUCAGCUCUACUUCGCCAGGCGUCUGAACAAGGCGAUGAAAGGAGCCGGCACCGAUGAGGACACACUCAUACGCAUCAUCGUGUGUCGCUCUGAGUUUGACCUUGAGACCAUCAAAGACUUGUACCUGGAGAAGUACGACGUGUCCCUGAAGGACGCCCUGAGGGACGAGUGCGGCGGCGACUUCAAACGCCUCCUCCUGGCCAUCUGCCACUGAGAGACGCAGGCAGAGCGUCGGAGGUGAAAGACGGAGACGGCAGAGGAAGUUUGUCCCAACGUCGCUGCUGUUCUCUGUCCAACAAACUAACAAACACUCCUCGGCCUCCGUGUGACGCCGUGUGGGGAGCAGGAGGGGGGAGGUGAUGGGAGAACUAACCCGGCUCAUGUCUUGUCCAAACUGAGUGAAUGUUGGUGGCUCUGUGUUUUUUAACUUUUAUUUUCACAGAUAUCGAAGUAAAUUUCCUUUUUCUAUAACUGUGUCCGUCAAUCGCUGCCAGUUUCAUAGUCUGUUUUUAACCUUUCACUUCUUAACACCUUUUCCAGCAUUUACACAGUGACGAGUUAUUUUCAGUCACUUUAAAACAAGCACCGAGUUUAUACAGGUUCUUCAGGCUGAUGCAAUAGUACCGAUUUGAUUUAAGACUUGAUAGAAUUAAUGUGAUCUAAAGCUAAAGCCAGAGUUCGUCUUGCUGCUGCAAAUAUAACAACUACAGAGGAGUUUUAAAGAAAUGAGAAGAAGACUGUUUUUUAUUUGCAUAUAUAAGACAAAUCCGUCUAAAUCUCAAGAACUUAGUCAAUCACUACGUUUCACCUGCUUUUAUAAAAUCAAAUAACAAAUCAAAACCAAAUUAACAAAACAGAUCUUUUAAAUUAUUUAACGUGCACUUUGACCUUUUAGUUUGGUCCAUGUCAUGGCCAGUCAUCCAUCCUUAAACACAAUCUCUGUCCUGACCCUAAUACUCUCCCAUUACUCACAAACAUACUAUAGUGUUACAUUAUUAAAAGUAUUACCCCGUCUCAUACAAACUAAUUCUUCGUCAGUGCUUUAUUUUUUUGGGGCCGUUUUCUUCCCCCUCCAACCCGACUGUUAAACUUUCCCUGCUGUUAAAACGAUUGAAGCUUUGAACUGAAGAAAUGUGAACGUGUGUUUUGAGGAAUAUCUGCUGGGAUCAUGAAGGAUAUGAGAUGUUAUGCAAUUGGAUUCUCGUCUUCACAGCAGAGAAAUCAGAUGAAAUAUUUUAUUAGUUGCUUAUUGAGAGAAACUAUAUAUUGAUUUACGAUAUGUUGCAUUUUUACCCAGUAAAACUAUAAAAAACUUGACAAAUCCAAAUACACCUCAUUUUUUUUUUAUUUACGUCUAACACAGUGGAUGUUUUAAUAUAUAACAUUAUUUAGCGGACUGUUUCACGUAGGCCAGAGGUUAAAUACAAGAGGAGAAACCUGCUUUAACAUCUGGACAGUCUGAUGUCAUGUCUGUUUCUUUUAUGUCUACACAAGGCAGCUGAGAUUUGUUGAAAUGACCACUAUUUUAAACAGUUAGCAAAAAGCUGAGUAGAGACUCAAGUAAAUGACGUCAGUGUGGUCGUGGGUUUGGUGUUUUCCUCUCUGUAGCCAAAGAUUAUUAGUUUAACUUCCAAUAAAAGGCUUGUAACAUCA